GUGAAUCUAUGCUAGUUUGGGCCAACCUUCGUGAAAUGAGAUGGGGGAGCGAAGAAACGAAAUGCGCAGUUUUUCCUCAGCCUAAAAAAGAACAAGACGCGUUCCCCACUAUCUAGUGUAGUUCACGUUACAUCUCUUUCCUUUCUCCUUCCUUAGGGGUCUGCGCCGUACAACCCGCUGCUAGAAUGGAAGUCCACGUGAUACCGGAAGUGGGCGGGGGCUAGGAGGAACUUCCGGUAACCCCUCCGCGGCGGAUAGCCGCGGUGGACCUGCUGGUACCGACCCAGCAGAGGAGACGAAGCGGCAGGAGGAGAAGGACGCGGCUGGUUCGCCCCUCCUCUCCUCACCGCUCCUCAGCCCAGCUCCUCCUCCCGGUUCAAGAUGAACUAUAUGCCGGGUACCGCCAGCCUCAUCGAGGAUAUUGACAAGAAACACUUGGUGCUCCUUCGAGAUGGUAGGACUCUUAUAGGCUAUUUGCGAAGCAUUGAUCAAUUUGCUAAUUUAGUGUUACACCAGACUGUGGAACGUAUUCAUGUGGGCAAAAAAUAUGGCGAUAUUCCUCGAGGGAUUUUUGUUGUCCGAGGAGAAAAUGUGGUCCUCCUUGGAGAAAUAGAUCUGGAGAAGGAAAGUGAUACUCCCCUUCAGCAAGUGUCUAUUGAGGAAAUCCUAGAAGAACAAAGAGUGGAACAGCAGACUAAGCAGGAAGCAGAAAAACUGAAAGUCCAAGCUCUCAAGGAAAGGGGCCUCUCUAUUCCCCGUGCAGAUACUCUGGAUGAGUACUAGAUGUUCUGCUCUGAAACUUGCUCUCCUAGCAGCAGAAUUUGUCACUGGAGUUUUAGUGACACAAUGGUUACUCUUUACAUUGAACUGAAGACUAUAGAGUUUUGGAAAAUGGUUUUAUUUUGGAUUCGAUUUCACAAUUAUGCCAUGAAGAAAUCAUGUGGCCUUAAUUUUUUCUUAACAGAAUCACUGUAUAAAGGAGCAUGGAAUUUUUCACACAUGGCUGUGGAGCCAACAGAUUACUUCUACUAGGCUUUAUAGAGGAACUUAUUCACUUGUAAAUAAAAUAUGAAUCUCAAAACCAACUUAUUCCCCACAUCGAAGCCCACAUCUGUAUCCAGGUAUUGGAUUAAGGAGCAGCUUAUCACAAAAAUGAUAAGUGUUACUGUUGAGGUUGGGAAGGGGAACCACCAAAAGUUUGGGGUCAUAGACUGGUGCCUGUGAAGUAUCUCAAAAAAAUUUGCAGGCUUGAAUCCAUCUCCUACUCAAGGGGAAAAGUUUAUUAUAAUUGUAAUGCCAUUACAAAGCAAGCUAAAUCUGCAAAAGAAAUUAGCAAAGAAACAGAAGCAAGAGACACAAUUAUUCAGUGUUCUAUCAUUGACAUGCGAAUUCUAUAGCUUAUAAGUAGAACUGUGGAAUGGUCUCUGGAAUUUGGUUAUCACUGACCAACAGAUUAUUUAUCUGACUGUCAGCAAUGAACUGAGUUGUGGUCUUAUUUACUAUUGUAUCAGGAUGUUUGAUCUGUGGGACUAUCCUGAGGCCAGAAGCUAUCUGAUUGAGGAGUGGUCUAUUCAGAAUCAGACAGAUUGGGCAUGGGAAUUUCCUGAGGCAGACUCUAAAGCCAGAAGAUUUAGAAUUACUGAUUUAACAGAAAUCCCCCUAAAAUCAGAGGACCACAAAAUCAUAUUACAUCAUUACUACAGUAAGAAUAGCUGUAUUAGACUUGGAAGGGGCAAAAUUAAAAGUCCAUUUUAUUGUGCAACUGCAGCAAUGGGUGUCCUAUAGAAUAGGCAUACUUGAAAUCAAACAUGACUUUUUAUACCCUGUCAUCCAAAACAAGAUCCUCCCCUGAUUCCCCAUUGAUUGGGUAAUAUAGAGAUUACAAUCUAUCCAAAGCACCUAAUUCCCCUACAGAAUUCUCUACCCCAUCACAUCUUCCUUACACUUGUGACCCUGCAUAUUUGUUUACCUAACUACUCCUCUUGACAUUCACCUCAUUUGGACAUAAUUUAACCCCUCCCCUGGUUCCCCUUUGGCCGGAUAUCAGAGGUUAUAGUCUUAUCUGGAGAGCCUGAUUUCCCCAGGUAAUUUUCCUCCUUGAUUACAUGUUCCCUCCACUUGAGUGUGAGUUUUUAUCCCUGAUUACAUCUCAUUUUUUCUUACUCUAUUUUAUGGUUUCUCUCCAUAAAUUUUGUUUGCCUUUGUCAACCAAAUUUUAGAUUCUAUUUCUUAGGUUUCGAUUUCUUAUUUAGAUUACAUUUCUCAAGUUUUGUAACUAUGUGGAAAUUAAGCCCUCAUCCAAUUCUAACAAUACUAAUCAUAUGUGGCUCACUUAAGGCAUAUUUCUGAGUCAUGUAUUAACAAUUCCCUUUCUCAUUUUAUUGCUAAACAGUGAAAACUACCCAGCACAGCUGUAUUUUGAUUAGGAUGGGGGAAACUUGAGUAAGGUGAGUUUUCCCAAAAACUUGUCACAAUAGACAUAGAUGUCACAAAUUCAAGCAAGCACACACUGCUAUGGCCUACUAUUCUAACAGUUUUCUCACUGGAUGAUGAGACAAUAGUGUGUCCCAGUGUAUCAGCUGUUUCAACUUUUCUAUCUGUUAGGAAUUGGCUACUGUCCUUCGCAGUGAUUCUCAAACCUUUGUUCUCAGUAUCUUCAUGUUGUUAAAAAACUGUCGAGGAUCUGUUCAAAGAGUUUUUGUUCACAUGAGUUAUAUUUAUAGCUUUUUACUAUAUUAGAAAUAAAUAAUUUUGAAUUUGUAGACCCUCCGAAAGGGUUUCAGAGAUCCCGACAAUUCUUUGGACUACACUUUGAGGACCACUGUAAUCUAUAGUAUGGGUUUUUUAAUUGCCAUCUUUUGAUUUUUCAUCAGCUUUCUUUCCCAAACUAUCCAGAAGCUUAAAAAGCUAGGGAAAGGAGACAGUUCUGUAAAGCUAAGUCAUACUUCUGCCAAGUAUGACUUUUAACUUUCUCACCCAUAAUGCUCCACCCUUGUAAAUAAGAGUGGAAGGUGCAUUUUUCUGAUAUUUUUGGAAUCAAACAAUUUUAAAUGUGUGAUUUGGGGUUUCAGGUUUUAGUGCUUAUUUGUAUAUUUUUUCUGGUUCUUCAUACUGAAUCGGUUCAUAAAUUUUUUCUCCAUGCUUCUAUUAAUUCUUCAUAUUUGUCAUUGCCUAGAAUAUUUUAUGUACCACAAUUAGCAAUUCCCCCUUGAUGGACACUCAUUUUCUUGACAAUUAUUACAAAAAAUGUUGCUGAAGUGGUAAAGUAGGCAUGGUUUUGGGAGAACAUAAUUAUAAAAGGUAAGAGAAAGACAACCUGAUGGCAGGCUAGCUCACAAUUAACCAGAAAGAAGAAGCCAUUAAAGAAAUGCUAAGAGAUAAGAGUGUACCCCACAGCAGGCUUAAUCCUGAACAGGGGUUAGGGAAGAUCUGCACCAUUAAGCAGAUUGUUUAUAGGGGAAAUGAGUCUCUAGGCUUUCUGAUAGGAUAAGUAAAGAUGUGUUUUCUAGAGACUGCUACCUCGGGUAGGACUGUAAUUAAAGUCCACUUGAAGGAAAGACCUACUUUGAAACAAAAGGCUCCCUUAAGAUGUAUUAUCCCAACAGUGCCCUUCCUUGCUUACUUCAGGGAGUAUUAAAAUCCUAUCCGUGCUUCAGGCUUUCUGUCAGCACCCACCUAGCUACCCAGGAAGUCGCUGCUAUGAAUGUUUCAAAGAAUCUGAGACCUUUCUAUAUUUUACCUCCUUUGGUUACAUAAGUUUAAUAUAUGCUUGGGUCAAAAGGUAUCCAGCACAGCUAUUUAAACCUGAAUUUUUCUUUACAUUUUUUCUUUUCUCUUCCCUUUUCUCCCCUUCCCAUCCAAAAUCCAAGAAGCAGUCUGUUGUGGUGAAUGGAAAACUGGCUUGUUCUUGGCCUCCAAGGACACUGGUUCAGCUGCCCUUUCUGAUAUUUUAUGAUCCAGAGGAAGUUGAUGCUCAACAAAAUUUGAAUAUUUUCAGCUGCAAAGAAGGAACAAUGUCUGGAUUGGUAGAGGAGGUCACUAGAAGUUUCCUACCCUGAUUAAAUCAACAGGCUUUGUGUGUGUAUUUGCCCAUGUUUUCUCUGCAUUCCAGUUGAGGUAUAAGAGUCCACCCCCUUACCUUGAGAUGAUACAGAUAAAAACUUCAAAGGGUACUCAUAUGGCUUCCAAUUGUAUGUAAUCAGUUUUUUGCAUGUCUACCAAUGACUAAUGAAAUCAGGUCAAAAAGAAAAGCUAAUAACCUGUGGGCCUACUAGUUAAGUUCCUAUACAUUUAGCAUUUCUUGUCUCCUUGUCCCAUGGAUAUUUAUAGACUAAACAAACCUCAGCUCUGAAUUAUUCCCACUUCAUCUGCAUCUAUUCUCUGAGUGAAGCCAGCUAAGAGAGAUCUAGGCAAUUCAGUCAGGGUCCAUGACAAAUUUAUGUUAUCUAAUCUUAACUAGGUCAGUAGCAAGACAAUCUUUACACUUCUGACUUAUUCUCCAUUGUAGUUCCCAGAGUACCUAUGCCAAACCUUUUCUCAGUCAGCUAAUAAGCCAUGUAUUAGUAGCUAUUAGUAUUAAUAGUAAUUAAUCAUUAAUCAUGAGGCACUAUGCUAAGUUCCAGAAUAUUUUCUCCUUGAGCCUCCCAUACCACCAAGCUCUGAUGGUAAGAUGUGCUUCCUCAUCAACAAAGGACAACCCCACUAGAGAUAACCUGGAUCCCAUCUGCUCUAUCUUGUCUCCACUGCUGGACUCUCUGUUAGUCUCUUCUUUGAUGCCCACAAGUCUCCCUAUCCUUAAAAACCAACCCUUCCCUAGAGCCUACCAUUGUUAGAGCUAUUAUCUUUUAUCUUUGCUUCCCUUUUCCAUUAAGACUCUUGAGAAAGCAGUCUGUCUAUCCUUCAUUCUCUUCUCACUAUACCCUCUACCAUCUGGCUUCUAGCCUCAUUAUCCAGCUGAAACCGCUUUUCAAAUACCAAUAAUCUCUUCAUUGUCAAGUCUAAUAAGUUUCUUACUAUUCAUCCUUCCUGACCUUUGCAGCCUUAAACACUACUAAAUGCCCUCUCCUCUUGGUUGUGCUCUCACACCCCACAACAGAUGCUAUUUUCUUUGAUUCCAUCCUAAUGUUUGAUAACUUCUCAGUCUCCUUUCUUUGCUGAAUCAUCAUUCAUAUCAUAUCCUCUAAACUGCAUGUAUCCCAAUCCACUGUCCUGUACUUUUUUCUUCACAUUCUAAUUUGGUGAUUUCAGUGUCUCCUUUGAUUUAAUUAUCAUCUCUAAACAAAUGUUUCCCAAAGCUAUGUGGCCAGCCCUAGACUCUCUUGUGCUCAAAUUGUACACCCCCAACUGAACAUCUUAAACUUGGUUUCAUGUAGGUACCUCAAAACCUUAUUUUGUCCAAAACAGAAAUUAUUUUUUCUCUCAAACCCACCUUUCUCAUGAAUUUCCUUAUUUCUGUCAAGGACACCACCAUCUUCCAAUACCUAGUGUUCGGGUUUAGCGGCAGAGAAUUGAUGUGAGAAUCCCCUCUGGUCAGCACACAGGUCCAAAGUGAAAGAAUUAGUAAACCCGAAAAGUCUGAAAGGCAAAAGGGAUUUUUAUUGGCAUUGAGAAGCCAGCUUUCUAGGAAGACAAACUCCUCAGUAGCAAGAGGUGCUAUUAGGGAAAUAACAAAGGUUAUCAUUGAGAAGAGAAUGUUUUUACAGCAGGCAAGAGUUCUGUCAGGCAGCUGCCUGUCCCAAAAUGUGGUGUUCUUUUCUCUUCUUUACAAUAAUAUAAAAAUGGUUCUUCUCUGGGAGAGAGAGCAGAUUUCUCAGGGAGGUUUUCUGGAAGCAGCCUUAGUUUCAGUUAAAAAUAAAUAAUCACCCAAAACGUAGCCAGGUGAUAAAAGUUCAGAUCUUUUAUUGUCUCCAAUAUAGCCCGGUUAGCUUAGAGGCCUAUCUCUCUGCUUAGUUCCAAGAGCUCUCUCCAAAUGUCUCCAAAUCCAAAGAUGUUGAGGUCUAGAUUUGGGGACCUAAAUGAAAUUAGGGUUUAGUUGAGGUCUAGUGGCAGGUUUGGGUACAGGGAGUCAAGCAAAGCUCCCCUGCAACCCCCUUGGAUUCGGUGCAAGGAUACGGCGGUAAAUGGGGUCUAGUAGCAGCGCAAGUCCCCAAUAAACGCAUUUAUUGGCCCGAGAGCUAGAUUGAUAAAAGAGGUUUAUUAUUGGAUUUGGAAGUAAGGAGAUAGGUGAAGAUAGAGAUAAGGAGAGUACUGGACAGAGGGUCCAGUGGACAGAGGGUCCUCACAUGGCUAGCAUGUUUGGAAUCUCUGCAAAGAGGGGGUCCCAGUAUCUCCCUUUUUAAUGGGAGGCUUAGCUCUAGGGGCUUUUGAGUAUAGCUCCAAAGUUGGCUCAGAUCCGGGUGGGGCUGGGACAAGUCCGAAUCUUCUAUUGGAAUUCAAAGGGACCAGGAUUUGUGAGUCAAAGGAUAAUUACAUUCACUAGGAGGGGAUGGGAAUCUAGAAACUAAUCUUUCCCACAUCAAAGGUUUUGUCCUUCAGCCUCUGCCUCUGCUUUCUUCAGUCUCCAGCCAGCACAAAGAUGGAAUGAAUCUCUUGUCUCCUUCACUUGGGGCUCGGCUAGCUUUCUGGCGAGUCUUUCAGAUCAGCUUGGUCUCAGUUGGGGAAGGACCAGCAGGAGCCCAGCCACCACAGUGGUGUGAGAUAAAGAUGAAUCUAUGCCUAGAAGAGAGGUCCCUUGGCAAAGCAUAAUCCUACUUUGGACUUCUGCAGAGAUUUGGAGUUCAGAAUUGUCUUUUAUUGGCAGUCUGAGGCUUGGUUCCAGUUGAAAAGAGAGUCAAUGCCCCUAGGCCUAGAUACUUAUCUUGGAGUUUCAAGCCACUCCAUAGGAAUUGCAGGUCCAGAUCUCCAACUGAAUAAAAUCAUUUUGAAGGCUUUUUCCCAGAACCUGGAAUUUCCUGAAGAGGAUCAGCAUCCCCAAAAGAUCAAAGGAGAGUGAUUUGACCAAGAUCUUCAAUUGAAUGAUGCUGCUUAACUUGGAAAAGGCUUGUCUAGGGAAGUAUAUUUUCCCCCAGACUUUUCAGAAUCUGAGACUCUGAAUCUCCCUUCUUUUACAGAUUAAAGGUGUUUGGGGCAAUUGCACCUACCCAAACUGACUACUCAGGAGUCACUCCAAAUGAUGUACAGAAAGAAUUUAUUAGACUCUCGAGAAGCGGACCAUCCUGGCCUGUGCGCCCGAAAGGACAGGAGGAGAGUCAUUCACUUGAGGAUGCUUACAACUUUUAUACAUUUCAGACAAAGAACCCCCCAAAUCCCACCCUUUACAGGCUGUGAUUGGUUACAUAAACCUUUAUCUCCCUAUUUGUGGAAUGCAGUGAAAAAGGUGAUAGACAGCUUCGGCCACUUAAUGCCUUCUUUGGACAAUGAAAUGCAGUCCAAGUCUCAUCUAAAAUCACGUGACUGGGGCCUAUGAUCAAUAUGUGCUUAAUCUGUAAAUUCUUCACCUUUCCACACAGUCUCCCCUGUUAUUCAUAAAUAUAUAUGUAUAUCUAUUUCCUCAUGAAGAA